AAUCAACACAAGUGAGUCAAAUUUCUAAGAAAAGAUAAGACUUGCACCAAUUUCAGAAUUUGGGCCUCACGCCGUCAUGUCCGCCCUUCUCCGCUCCUUCCCCGCCGUCGCCCUCCGCGCAAAGUCCUCCCUUCCGCUCCUACUCCUCACCAUCCCAAAAUUGAAUCCCUCCAAGCUCCUCCACAGGCGCCUCCACUCAUCCAUUUAUGCUUCCGCUUCCGAAACUCUCAGUGUUGCCAGCACCAAACCGCCGCCCUCUCCCGCUGCCGAGACCAACGCCAGCUCCCUUGAAUGGGUCAGACGCACUGAUUUCUGCGGCGAAUUGGGGGAACCGGACGUAGGCAAACGGGUUCGCCUUUGUGGCUGGGUGGCGCUCCACCGUAUUCACGGCGGUCUCACAUUCGUCACCCUUCGCGACCACACCGGAAUCGUGCAGGUUACUACUCUUCCAGAUGAUUUCCCUGAGGCUCAUGCAGUUGUCAAUGAUUUGAGGCUUGAGUAUGUAAUUUCAGUGGAAGGGGUUAUCCGGCAGCGGCCAAUUGAGUCUAUAAAUAAAAAGAUGAAAACGGGCUUCAUAGAGGUUGCUGCUGAGCAUGUCCAAGUGUUGAAUGCAGUGAGAUUAAAGUUGCCCUUUUUGGUUACUACUGCUGAUGAGGCAAAAGAAUCAGCAAAAGAGGAAAUCAGAUUGAGAUACCGAUAUCUAGACCUACGGCGGCCUCAAAUGCAUUCCAAUAUAAUGUUGCGGCAUAAAGUGGUUAAACUCAUUCGACGAUACCUUGAGGAUGUCCAUGGUUUCAUUGAGAUCGAGACUCCAAUUCUGUCUAGAUCUACACCGGAAGGUGCGAGGGAUUAUUUAGUGCCUUCAAGAGUACAGCCCGGUACAUUUUAUGCUUUGCCACAAAGUCCACAACUCUUCAAGCAGAUGCUAAUGGUCUCUGGUUUUGAUAGAUACUAUCAAAUAGCAAGAUGUUUCAGGGAUGAGGAUCUAAGAGCAGACAGGCAGCCCGAAUUUACACAGCUUGACAUUGAAAUAGCAUUCACUCCUCUGGAGGAUAUGCUGAAACUGAAUGAAGAUUUGAUUAGAAAGGUUUUUCUUGAUAUCAAAGGAGUUGAACUACCUAGCCCUUUCCCAAGAAUGACAUAUGCUGAAGCUACAAGCAGAUUUGGUUCAGACAGGCCCGAUAUUCGUUUUGAUCUUGAACUGAAAGAUGUAUCGGAAGUGUUCAGGAAUUCUUGCUUCAAGGUUUUUGCAGAUACCUUGUCAAGUGACGGCAUCAUUAAAGCAAUAUGCAUUCCUUCAGGAAGCCAGAAGUAUUCAAACAGUGCUCUUAAAAAGGGUGAUAUUUAUGAUGAAGCUAUUAAAUCUGGAGCGAAGGGACUGCCAUUCUUAAAGGUCUCAAGUCAUGGUGGACUUGAAGGGAUUCCCGCACUGGUGUCGAGUUUGGGCAAAACCGAACAAGAUCUCUUACUGAAGAUACUAUCUGCUAGUCCCGGUGAUCUCAUUCUGUUUGCCGUAGGUAACAAUGCAUCAGUUAAUAAAACCUUGGACCGACUAAGGCUUUACGUAGCACAUGAGUUGGGAUUGAUUGAUCAUUCAAGGCACUCGAUCCUCUGGGUAACUGAUUUUCCAAUGUUCGAGUGGAAUGAUUCUGAAGAAAGACUUGAGGCCUUGCAUCAUCCUUUUACAGCUCCUCAUCCUGAGGACAUGAAAGACCUUGCCUCUGCCCGAGCCUUAGCGUAUGACAUGGUUUACAAUGGGGUCGAGAUUGGUGGGGGGAGUUUGAGAAUUUACAAGCGUGAAGUCCAACAGAAGGUUUUGGAAAUAGUUGGCAUUUCUUCUGAACAGGCUGAAAACAAGUUUGGGUAUCUUUUGGAGGCUCUGGAUAUGGGUGCUCCCCCUCAUGGAGGAAUUGCUUUCGGGUUGGAUAGACUGGUGAUGCUAUUGAGUGGGGCUAGUUCCAUCAGGGAGGUCAUAGCGUUCCCAAAGACGUCAACUGCCGGAUGUGCUCUCACUCAUGCACCCUCCGUUGUCGAUUCACAACAGCUGAAGGAUCUGGCUUUGUAGACAACCUUAAAUUAUUGCAAGGCUUCUUCAACCUUUACGGAUAAAUGGAGGGUAAUGGAGGGUAGCAUUUCUCCCUCUUGUAGUAGAAUUAUUUGGUGAUGCUCAUUGAUUUUGCACACCAUCUUUUAAUGUAUUGCCCCAAUAAAUGCAGGCCUAAUUUUGCUGGGAUAUAUGUUUUUGGUUGGAUGAUAUAUUGAAACGGUACUGAUAUAUAUUGAGUUUUAUUCGA